UGUGAUUGUGUACAUACGAGAUACCAAUUGCGAUUCGUGACGGACGAUUCGGUCGACAGCUCAUCUUUUGUAUUACUAAAAAGUGCAAUUAAUAUUAUAAACCUAAAGAAUUAAGUGCUAAUUAUUGUAUAUUACAGCAACGAAAUGUGGGAUCCGACUCAUGUGCAAGUAACAGUGCAAAAAGCAAGAGGUUUGCUAAUAAAAGGAAAAAACGGUACAAAUAACUGUUUUGUUACAAUCUCGCUGGCUAAAGAAAAAUUUCAAACUUCCGUAAAACAUAAGUCAACUGAGAAUGUUGAAUGGUUUGAAGAAUGUGAAUUACGCAUACCGUCUCAAGGAAACACUGCUGAGAUUGUUUUAAAAGUUUACGACGAAGAUUUCGUAAAGGACCACUUAUUAGGUCAAGUAUCGAUUCCGUUAAAAGACCUCGAUGUGUAUGAACGUCCAAGAAACCGCUGGUACCCGUUGCAAGGAAAAGCUGGCAAAGAAAACGACAAGAACCGAGGUGAAUUAGAGGUUAAAAUCGGUUUCACUGUAAAAGAAGGGAGCCUAACAGAUUUGAGUAAAAAGGAAAAACACAAAUCAUCACUGUCCAGUAUUGCGCAGAACGUUGGGGGCAGCCUUAUGAGUAUCGGAAGUAUUGAAAAACGUAAGAGCUUAAAGAAAUUUGCAAAAAAUUUAGGAUCUAAGAUAAAUAUUACUAAUAAAGAAAAAAAGAAUGAUUCAUCAUCUCUAGGUGGGAGUGUAGGAAAUCUUAGAAGUUCUGUGAUAUCAACUCCUGAUACAUCUACACCAAAAAGAUCCCCGGCAGAGGCUGAUCCAGGUGUGAUAAGUGAAGAUGACGAUGAAUUUGCCUUUGAUGACUUAUCGCAUAAAAGUUCAGGAAGUUCACUCAAUGUACAAACUUCUUAUUUACCCCGAGGAGUAAAAUACACACCAUCUCCUAAUAAUGCCUCACUUGAAAAUCUAGGUGGAGGUGAAUUCUUAAGAAGAUCUACAAGUAGUAAUUUAGUAACUGCAGAGAAAACAGCACCUUUAAAACCUGUGCGUUUAAGCCUUGAUACAUUUACAGCACCACAAUUACCAGUACAAGUAGUAAAUAAAGAUGAUGAAUGGUCCCAGAAACUUUAUCCACGAAAAUCUAUCAGUCAAACUAUGAUAGACCGAGAAAAAUCUUCCAGUCUCGAAAGAAAUAAAAAAUUGGAUAGCCCUAGUUCCCUUAAAGAAAAACCUAGCCCUAAAUUCUUUAAAAAGUUUGGAAACAGUAAGCCUAAGAAAUUACUGGAGGAACGAAUCAUUGUCGGAGAGGAAAAUAUUGUUGAAGAAGAUUCAAUAAACCCGGCAUACAAUAAUUUACCCAAAACUGUAAUACAGCAAUAUGAUGACAUGACACGAGAAGAUCUAAUAGUGAUGAUCUAUAAUCUACAAAAAGAUGUAGAAUCAGAAAAGAAAAAGAACAAGGAUCUUGAAAAUUACUUAGAUGAGUUGUUGUUGCGAGUAAUGGAGACAACACCGAGAAUAUUGCAAAAUCCUUAUGUCAGAAAUAAUAGCAUGCAUAUCCGGAACAAAUAAAGGUUGCAGUUCUUUAAUUUCAAUUGUAAUACAUUGUUUCAAUAACAUUACAGGUUUGAAACUAGUGAUUCUAAGUUCUUAAUUAUCUUACAUUAGUUUUGUUAUAUUAUGAGAUUAUUGUAUUU